UCAAUCAACUUUUUUCUUUUGUGUUCUCUGUUUAAUGACUCUCUCCGUGACUGUUCCUCGAACGAAAAAAUAGUGACAAAAAUGCGAAAAACAUACACACAAUAAUCAUUUAUCGGUGCGAAAUAAGAUUCCAGAUUUCUCUAAUUCCGUGCAAAAAGUGGCAGUACCGUAAUUGGUGCCAUCGGACGUUCCUGACAAGUGGAGGUAAUUUUGGAAUAAAACUUAACUGACGGAUUCCUUCAGACGAAAAUCGGGCAAGGAAACCACUCUGGCCACGAUGGACCAGCAAAAUCUCUUCACCAGUGUGGAAGAGGAAUGUCUAUACUGGAAGGAGAGGUGCUUGAAAAUCAGUCAGGAGAGAAAUGACGUCCAAAGGGAAUUCGACGACUUCACGGAAGAGUCACGGCAACUGGAAGCUGAACUGGAAAUGACCGUGGAACAGCAGGAGAAAAAGAUUCGUGACCUAAAUCAGCUGGUAAGUCAACUUCGGAUUGAGUGCGAAUCAUACAAGCGAAAAGUUGCAAACAGUGAAAAUGAAUCGAACAAGAUCGAUGCUGACUACAAACAGCUGGUGAAGGAGAAUGAGAAAUUCAAGGUUUACAUCCGUGAACUGGAGCAAAAGAACGAUGAUUUAGAACGAGCCAACCGGGUGGCAAGCGAAAGCGUUGUUGAAUUUGAAUCGAUGUUAAAUCAGGCUUAUGAGAAGAAUGCUCUUCUGGAACUGGAAGUAGACGAAAAAGAACGCAUGCAAAUCAAGUUACAGCGACUGAUGGACGAAGCACGAGAUUUAAAGCAAGAGCUCAAAGUAAGACAUGUUCCUAAGAGCGAAGAGGAUGCUGAAAUGACCGAUACCCACACGGACGGUAUAUCGGAUGAAAAGACUCAAGAGGCCUCCAGCGAACCUAGGCCUGGUACGCCCAACAUAAACACCACCGUAAACGUGUGCCUCAAUAGCACUAAGCUGGAAAAUAUAAAUAAUAACAUCAAUUGCAAAAAGACAGACACCACCGUUGUAGCCCUUACAAAAUCAACCAGCAAACUUGACUUGGAAUCCACUCUAGGUUCCAUGGACAACGUAGUUCCCCCAACCGAAGAUAGUACGCUGCAGCAAAAGUUGAUCAUAGAGCGAAACGGUAAUAUCAACAGCAGUUCUGCUCUGGUGGCAAGCGUCUUGAAUGCACCAAUGGCUCCAAGUGAUCGAGUUUCCACCCUUAGCAUUGUAGCAGACCUUCUCCGACGAUUGGACAAUAUGGAAGCUAAAUUAAAGGCUUGGAAAAUUCGUAAACCAUCUUCUCGCACCAACCUAGCCUCGAGCGGAAGUCAUCGGCACAGCCAUAGUCAGCUUAAUAACCACAGUUUGCAUCAUUCCCACCAGUACGGUGUUGCAGCUACAGUUGGCGGAGGAGCAGGUGGGUUGGUUGGUUCUGGGGCACCUGCCGAUAGCAGCGUUUCGUUAAAUUCCCUUGGCAGUGGCGACAGCUGCUGUAACGUUCAGCUUCACUCGUACCAGCCAGGAAUGGCCACAAUCGGAACGCAGACCUCCUCCCAUCAACAACAGCAGAUUCCACAACCUAUGACAAAAGCGGAGCUGCGAACUAACAAAUAAGCUUCAAAUCCCUCUUUUACUCUUAUGCGUAUACAUUAUAUUUUUUAAUUAAAUUAUUUAAUUUAAUGGCUAAUAUUUUUUAUGAUACGUUUCUAUAAUGUGUGUUUGUACAUAGGUGUAACCAAGGAUUAGGCAGAGGGAUAUGAUAUUGUAUAAGACGAAAAGCAAACGCAUACAGAUUCAUGUAGAAAUAUCAUGUUUUGUUUUGAAACGUUGAUCGAAUUCAAAAUACGUCUGUUUAAAUUGACCGUUCUAAACUAAGUAGCAGUGUCCCGAUUUAAAUUGGCUAUGCUGAAUUCUAUUUUCUAGGAUUAGCAUUCGUCUAUAUUUUUCGAAAGACUUUAAGAGACCCAACAAAUUGUAAUCUACAGAGGUAUAAACAAAUUUAGACAAGAUUUAAAAAAUGCACUUCUCUGAAUGUAUGCUUCGUACGCAGUCACAACAAUAUUUCAAACGAAGUCGCUGUCAAACAAAAAAAAACUAUUACCUACUACCUACUACAACAAUAGCACACUAGCAAUCUAUAGCUUUCAGUUGCAGCUUCUCUGGAAUAUAAGAAAAUAAAAUAGCAAUGCUGAGUGCAAACAGAUACCUAUAGUAGUAAAUGAAGAAAUAAUGCAAAAAAAAGUCCCUUUAUUACAUGUUUUCUAAUGCAGCACUAGAAAACAUGGUUUGGAAAUAAAUAAAAUCGAGCUAAUGGUAUUAGCAGUCUAGCUGACUUGCUAAAAUGACAGUGUAACCAGAAAGAAAUGUUAAAUAAAAAUAUUUAUUGGAAGUACAUUCUAACCAGUAA